AGAUCGGAAGAGCUCGGGUUUUAGCCGAGCAGAGCCGAAGGAGGUUCCAUCCUCACCGGGUCCGAACCAUGCCGGUGAGACGAGGCCAUGUGGCGCCACAGAACACUUUCCUGGACACCAUAAUCCGCAAGUUCGAGGGACAGAAUCGAAAGUUUAUCAUCGCCAACGCACAGGUGGAGAACUGUGCCAUCAUCUUUUGUAAUGACGCCUUCUGUGGGAUGUGUGGUUACACCCGGGCUGAGGUCAUGCAGAAGCCCUGCACCUGUAGCUUCCUGUAUGGACCUCACACUAAGAGACCAGCGGUGGCCCAGAUGACUAAAGCUCUGCUGGGAGCAGAGGAGAGGAAGGUGGAGAUCUCCCUCUACACUAAAGACGAAGUGUGUUUCCACUGUACAAUAGACGUGGUUCCAGUGAAGAAUGAAGGCGGCCUGGUCAUCAUGUUCAUUCUCAACUUUGAGCUCCCCACUGACCCCAAACCAAUCAACAGCUCCCCAGCCAGAGAGCUCAACAGAGUGCUAAAUAUCCCCUGGCUGACCCUGGCUCGGCGGCAGCGUCUGCGCCUCCUCCUCCGCUCCCUCACCCCCGGUACGGGUGUCCUGUCGCAGGACACGGAGCUGGGUGCUCCGCGCGUCGACCUCCCUCCCCUUGGACACGAGUCCGUGGCCCUGGACAAACUGCUGUCCCUCCCAGAGAGACAGCAGCUGGAGGAGGCAGGAGCUGGACUACUACUGUGGGACCAAGAAAGGGAGGAGGAGGAAGAGGAGGAUGGUCGGCUGAGAGUAGGGGGAAGAGGAGGAGAGAGGGGGAGCUUGGUGGCACUCAGGCGAAGGAGCGAGGGAGACAGAAAGAGAAGAGAAGGAGGGGAUGUGUGUGGGCUGCUCGUGGAUACAAGUGCAGGAGGAGGAGGAGGAGGAGUAGGAGGAGGAUACGGAGGAGGGAGAAGAGGGAUGGAGCUCCACACAGGCCUGCCCCCGGCUCCAGCCUCAGCCCCCCCAACACUAGCCAUGCCCCUCGCCUCCUCACAUGCUCCACCAAGGAGAGAGGAGAGAGGAAGAGGCCGAGAUGAAGAUCGUCCUUUCCACAGCAAGCAUCCCUCAAGCAGCCGUAGGAAGUUAAAACAUUCCUCCUCAGUGGAUGCUAUCAAGUGUGGCCAGACUUACUGGGAAAAGAGGCUGCAGCUGAGACACAGCUGUACUGCUGGUAUGUUAACCAUUAGAAAGAGCAGUGGGCCAGCUGGGACAUCAGACACUGAUUCACACUGCCGGACCAACAGCCAGCAGAUGAUCCAGAGCCUACUGGACACAAAGACAGACGCCUUUGUGGCAUUACCUCCUGGUGAAAUCAGACCUCCCUGCAAACUGAUGGACAGAACACACCAUGUCACUGAGAAAGUCACCCAGGUUAUGUCUCUGGGUGCUGAUGUGUUACCAGAGUAUAAACUGCAGUCCCCCAGGAUCCAGAAGUGGACCAUCCUUCACUACAGUCCAUUCAAAGCCGUGUGGGACUGGGUCAUUUUGCUCUUAGUCAUUUAUACAGCCAUAUUCACUCCUUAUUCUGCUACAUUUCUUCUGAGUGACCAGGAGGAGGCAGCCAUACAGACCUGCGGUUACUCCUGUUCCCCCCUCAACGUGGUGGAUCUCAUAGUGGACAUCAUGUUCAUUGUUGACAUCAUCAUCAACUUCAGGACCACAUACGUUAACUCCAAUGACGAGGUGGUGAGCCACUCCUCUCGGAUUGCAGUCCACUACUUCAAAGGGUGGUUCCUCAUCGACAUGGUGGCAGCCAUUCCCUUUGACCUCCUCAUCUACCGCUCAGGAGAGGAGGUGACCACCACACUGAUUGGCUUACUGAAGACGGCUCGGUUACUGCGAUUGGUUCGCGUAGCCAGGAAGUUGGACCGUUACUCAGAGUACGGUGCAGCUGUCCUCUUCCUCCUCAUGUGCACCUUCGCCCUCAUCGCCCACUGGCUGGCCUGCAUCUGGUACGCCAUAGGUAACGUGGAGCGGUCGACCUCGGCUGGGAUUGGCUGGUUGGACAAUCUGGGUGAGCAGCUCGGGACGCCGUACAAUGACUCCGUCAUCGGGUCGGGUCCUUCCAUUAGAGAUAAAUAUGUCACAGCUCUGUACUUCACCUUCAGUAGUCUGACCAGCGUCGGCUUCGGCAACGUCUCCCCAAACACCAACUCUGAGAAGAUCUUCUCCAUCUGCGUUAUGCUUGUUGGCGCUCUGAUGUAUGCCAGUAUUUUCGGUAACGUGUCAGCCAUUAUCCAGCGGCUCUACUCUGGUACGGCACGUUACCACGCCCAGAUGAUGAGAGUUCGAGAGUUCAUCCGCUUCCACCAGAUCCCCAACCCUUUGAGACAGCGGCUGGAAGAGUACUUCCAACACGCAUGGUCAUACACUAAUGGGAUAGAUAUGAACGCUGUUUUAAAAGGUUUCCCAGAUUGUCUCCAGGCAGAUAUUUGUCUCCACCUCAACAGGUCACUGCUGCAAAACUUUAAGGCUUUUAAAGGUUCCACUAAGGGCUGUCUGAGGGCCCUAGCCAUGAGGUUUAAGACCACCCACGCUCCUCCUGGUGACACCCUAGUCCAUGCUGGAGACCUGAUAUCAGCUCUGUACUUCAUCUCGAGGGGAUCCAUAGAGAUCCUCAAAGGAGACGUUGUGAUAGCUAUACUGGGGAAGAAUGAUAUCUUUGGGGAGCCCAUCAAUCUGUAUGCUCUGCCAGGAAAAUCCAACGCUGAUGUCAGAGCUCUGACCUACUGUGAUCUGCACAAGAUACACAGGGAGGACAUGCUGGAGGUUCUGGGAAUGUAUCCUGAAUUUUGUGAAUAUUUCUGGUCCAACUUGGAGAUCACCUUCAAUCUCAGAGACGCGAAUAAUGAAGCUGUAGGUUUUCCGAGUGGAGAAGACUCCGACUGUGACGGGUUCAGCAGAUCUCAGAGGAAAGACAAACGCUCCUCCACUCACACAGGUUACACCGUGUCAGUGGGGAGACAGAGAGCUGCCUACACAUGUAGAAGAAGACACAGUAACUGGGAGCAGCGUACCGACCACAACAGAGACCAUCAUAAACAUACACUAUACGGCCCCGUGUUCUCCAGUGACGAUGAAGAGGAGGGUUCAGAGGUGACCGGCCCCGCUCACACCUCCAUCAUUCGUGCUGCUGACAGAAACACUACGAGGUGCCCUGACACUGACAGGAGAGAGAAGACCCGUAACCCUUUAACAGAUGCAAUCUCAGGAGUGUCCAACAUCUUUACGUUCUGGGGCUCAGAGAGUCAAGAGGAACAGAGAUACCAGGAGGUGCCCUGCUCCCACAGCCUCCCCUCACCUCCUCCUCCUCAGCCUCCCCCCCAGCAGCUCGUUGACCUGCCCUUCUCCUCCUCCUCCCACCAUCCCUCCAGCCCUCCUCCUCCUUCUCGUCCUCCUGCUCCAACCGUCAUCUCUCGGAGGCAGAAGGUGGAGUUAGAGAAGAGAUUGGAGGCGCUGCAGCGACAGAUAACCAGGUUGGAGUCUCAUAUGUCAGCAGACAUCGGGACCAUCUUGCAGCUGCUGCAGAGGCAGAUGCCAAUGAUCCCACCUUCCUACAGCACCCUGACAUCAACACCUGACGCACCCUCCUCCCCCAUCCUGUCCCCCACUGCUGCCUCCCCCACAGACCAGUCACCAGCCGCCGACCCCCAGCAGCAACAUCAAGUCCUUCAACAGCUUGAACCAGAAUCAAACCCUCUUGAUUUUGUCCCCCAUCUUACUGCCUCCCCCCCUCUUAUCCACACCUCACCCCUUCACACUUCAUAUCAGACACUGUUUUCUUCCCCAAACUUUCCCCACGACACCUCCACCUCUCCACCCCUUCCUCCAACUUCCACCCAGUCUUCCUCCUCUGUCCUCACUCAGACAGGAAGUCAGCGUGUGUCUCAUUCACCCUCACCCCUCGCCGCCUUAAACCCCCGGCUCCCAGGGAGGCUUGAUCCACCAGUCCUUCCUGUCCGGACACAGAGCUUAGCCUCUGUCUCACAGCAGGAUGUGGACACACAUUGUGAGGAGCAGUCCUCCAAACUCAGCCCAUCUGUCGACAGCCAACACCUCCUCCAGCCAACGCCUCCACAAGACAGUCCCUGUCCUCCCACCGUCGGUCAGUCAGAGCUUCACCUCCAGAGUGGAAUCAACCCAGCAAAAGAGGACCUGCUGAGCCACUCGCCUGCUCAACCCAGCACAGAAGCAGCAUCUAACCAAUCGGAGUCGCGCGGGAGCCGGCGGCGCCUGUCGAUGCCGGGAGGGCCGGCGUCAUCGCUGGACAGCAGCUAG